AACGUGGUUACUUAUAUGUACCUGUCACUAUAAUGAAAAUUGACAUUCCAGAAACUGGACGCGUUCUUCCUACGUUUGCUAAAGCCCAUUUACCUGUCACUAUAAUGGAAACUGACAUUCCAGAAACUGAACGCAUUUUUCCUGCAUUUGCUGAAGCCCGUUUACUUGUCACUAUAAUGGAAACUGACAUUCCAGAAACUGAACGCGUUUUUCCUGCGUUUGCUGAAGUCUGCUUACCUGUCACUAUAAUGGAAACUGAUAUUUUAAAAACUGGACGCGUUUUCCCUACGUUUGCUGAAGUCCGCGUGGUUAUCAAAAGAUAUGCUACAAAAACUAAUGCUGUUUUAAUUUUAGGAAAGACAUCCAAAAAUCCUGAUGGUAGUGACUAUAGACAGACAUUUUUUGUCUGUGAAAAACAAGGGAAGUAUGGUAAAAAGAACGAGAAACAUACCACCAAGCGAACUGGGUGUUCUUUUUCUGUAGGAGUAAAUUAUCACAAAAAAGUCCAAGAAUUCAUAAUAACAAAGUCAUGUUUAGAGCAUAAUCAUGAUCUUUGUCUGGAUGCCAUGAAAUUCAGCACUGUCAUGUGCAAAUUUGAUCAAAAUGAUCUUGGUCUAAUCGAAAAGCUUUACAAUGAUGAUCUUCAGACUAAGGAUAUAUUUUCAGUGCUAAAUUCUGUUAGCUCGAAGUAUAUUCACAAGCCUGAUGUCUAUAAUGCUGUAAGCUGUCAGCACAAUAUAGUGACAAAAGCUGCACAUAAUGAUGAACGUGAUCAAGAUGGGGCAUUCAUUCAAGCAAUCUUCUGGGCAUAUCAUAGUGCAAUUUCUGACAUUGAUCAUUUCAGAUCAACAUAUCCACUAGUCUUUGCACUUGUUUACUCAGAGAUCUAUGAUUUUUAUUAUUGGGUAAUACAACAAUUAAGUCAAGUGUUUACUAAAUUAAUAGGUGAUGCACAGGUGACAUGGAUGCAGCAUAAAGAAAGUUGGCUUGCACCAUAUAUGAAUGGUAAUAUAAAUCUUGAUAUAAAGUCAAGUCAGCAUGUUGAAAGUUUUCAUAAGCACUCCCAAAAACUUGCAUAUGAAACAUUUUUGCAUCAAAAUAGAAAUACACAGGAUAGUACAGAUGUGGAUCUGGAAGAACUACAUUUAAUAUGCUCGCGAUUUGCAUUCGAAUCAUUUGUGAAGCAACAGGAUGAUCUUGCAA